AUUAGGUUUGACACAUAAGGCUCGACUAUAGCUAAUAAAUAUCAACAUUUAACGGUACUUAAUUUGGUCGCCGAUCGGGAGAGGUGGCCGUGGGGCAUGCAGUUGUGAGCGCCCUUGAAUUACAAAAAAUACCAAUACAAGUUAAAAACGUACGUUUGGCUUACAUAAUUAUCUAAUUAUUUAAAAUCUGCAAGAAUUUGAAAUAUUUAUUAAAAGUGCCAAAAUUCGUGUUGCGGUCUUAAAAAAUGGCUCCAAAACCAAAACACCAGAAGACUUCAAAAGGAAAGGAACACAGCAAGUCAAAAGAUGAAAAUGAAGUUCCCAUUAAGCUUGAUCACUGUGCUUUGAACUUUCCAGAAGUGCUGGCCAUAGACCAUGAGUUCUCACUCCCAAAAUACACAGCUGUGGUGUCGCGUCCCGACGGCUCCAUUUCGAUGGAGGACGUGGAUCGGAUUCAGCUCGAGCUGGAGGCCCUGCUCUCUGCGGCCACCAUCAGACGCAAGACUCUCAGCGCCGAAAUAAAACUCAUCAACAGCCUCGACAAGAGACGCAGCAGGCCCAUCACCACGGUGGCGCCCAGCUCUCCUGGGAAGCUCAGUAGGAGCGUGGACCGGCCCGCGAAGAAGUUCAAGGACUCGCUGGGCCGCGCCAAGGACGCCACACCGCUGAAACCGACCAAAAUCCGCAUCUCAUCCGGGCCGAGUCAUCCUCCGGAACACAGUGCAGACAUCCUGCCGCAAAUCAAGGCCGACCCGUGCCUGCCCUCGCCGCCCGUCAAGAAUGACGUGCCCAACAAGUUCUGGGCGGCGAUGGAGCAGUACUGCGGACCCAUCACUGCCAAAGACGUGGAGAUGCUGGAGCGUCUCAGUGCCGAGGAGGAGGACAUGGAGGAAUACCUCAGCGCUCCUCCGCUGGGCAAACACUACACCCUGCGCUGGGCAGAGGAGGACGGCACGGCCGACGGCGAGUCGGGAGACGACACCGACUCGCAGAGCGGAGCGAAGGCGAAGGGAAAAGGUGAUGACGAGGCGGCCGGACUGGGCGCCCUCACCCAGCGCCUGGUCUCCGGUCUCGUAGAGGAGAACUCCAACGCUGAGGAUGCCACCGAGACUGAAGGCAAAGAGACGGAUUCGGUGGUGGCGCGGCCGGGCCUAUCGUCCUCCGUGCAGCUCAGCACUCCCGGUCAGCUGGAGCGACGGCUACGUAAGGAGCUACAGAACCAGGGCUUGGUGGAUGACUCCGACGGGCCCAGCGCCGUCGCUGAUGAUCAGGUGCUGGCUGAACUGGAGCGGUGUCAGGCGCGCCUGCGAACCCUCUCAGCCCAUAACGCCAGUCAGCUGGAGCGGCUGCUGCGACUGGCGAAAGCGGAACUUCAGCGACAGGAGCUGCGGGAGAAGCUGGCGGCCACUGAUGCACAGGUGCAGGAGGCGUACCAAGCAGUGGCGGCCGCUCGACAGCGCAAGAAGUCACCCUCAAAGAAGGAGCGGGAGGCGGCCUGGAAGGCGCUCAAAGAGCGAGACGCCAUCAUAAAAAUGAUGGACGCGCUGUAAACGUGCAGCUAGGGCGUUUCUACUCAUCACGGGACCCGCAUAAAUCCGGCCAGGUCCGAAUCUGUGCGGGUGGAAAGGCUAGCCACUGGCGGCAGCAGUCUCCAGCCGCCACGCAGACAAUGUGAAGUACUCUAACCAAGGUUGUACGAUAGGUUAUUGUUAGGCGUCCAUAGCGCAGAGCGCGGCAUGACGGUCUGGCGCAAAUCAAGACAAAACUGAUUGACCAAGACUACACGUUCUUCUAUACCGGACAGUAUUUUUGUACCGUUUUUUUAUGUUGCUCUGGCGAACCGGUUCAGCAUCUGUGGCGGUCUGUAAAUAUCCUCACAUAUUUCUCUUCUUUACAUGAGUAUCUUUUAUUUAAAAACAUGUUAAGAAGAUAUAGGCAUCUCGAGUUUGCAGAGUGACCCGGCCGCCUGUUUCUGCAGUAGGAAGGCCUCACGUGUGUCUCGCAUGGUCAACACCGCUCAGAUUUCUGAAACGGUUCUGAAUAACGACUGCUGCUUGCUUUUGACGCUGGGACUCCUCUCGGCGGUCAAAAGGCCAAAAGGGCCGAUCUAUGGCCAGAAGAGCACGGUACUUGGCUUGGAUGACGGUGGCAGCUUGUCUCUGCCACAAUAAUGCCUCUCUGGUCUUCCUCGCCACACACAGAGAGCGAUACCAUGUCUGGAGCGUCGCCAUCGCUCGCUUCUUUGACUUGACAUGCAAGCUUUGUUCUUUCAUAGCCACCACGGCACGGAACCUCGCCUUUGGAACACGAGUCGCCUGACGUUAAUCUAGCAACGUCGCCCGCUGUUUCGUCAUCACUAACAAUCAGCGGUACCAUAUCAGAACCCUUACAGUUUUGAUCUCAUUACUUCGCUAAACGGUUGACUCGCCUAAUGUUUAGGUUGAUGGAAGCUGGUGUACAAGUGUAAAUGGAAAACUGCUCGCGGUGGAAAGCUGUGUGCAAUUCGAAUUUCCUCUUCCAUGUCCAGUGUUCAUACUUUGGGAGUAAGUUUUGCUGGUUGUAUUCAUGGUUCUGUCCGAACGUUUGUAUUCGGUUCUUUGUUUGCAUAGCUCGUCGUUUUUUAGUUAUUUGUACGAAUAUGUAAUUUCUGAAUACAUUGUAUGGAAAUGUA